CUCACGACCAGCAUCGACCAGAUGUCGGCGAGGUCCGCGCAGCUGAAGGAGGAGAUCGCCGCGCUGGAGAAGGGCCUGGCCGACGUGGCGUCCUCGCAGGCCGCGAUGGACAAGCUGCGGGCGGAGGAGCACGCGCAGUUCCUGGCGAACAAGGCGGACAUGGAGCAG